AUGAAGAUUUUUUUGCUUGGUAUUUUUCUUUUAUGUAGUAACUCAGCCUGGGCGAAAAAUAAGCAUUAUUACAUUGGAAUUAUUGAAACAGCUUGGAACUAUGCCUCUGACAAUGGGGAAAAGAAACUUGUUUCAGUUGACACGGAACAUUCUGAUAUCUAUCUUCAAAAUGGCCCCAACAGAAUUGGAAGGAUAUACAAGAAGGCCCUUUAUCUUCAGUACGCAGAUGGAACCUUUACGACGAUUAUAGAAAAACCUGUCUGGCUGGGGUUUUUAGGCCCUAUUAUCAAAGCUGAAAUUGGUGAUGAAGUUCAUGUACACUUAAAAAACUUCGCCUCUAGGCCCUACACUUUUCAUCCACAUGGAGCAACUUACUAUAAAGAACAUGAGGGGGCCAUUUACCCUGAUAAUACCACAGCUUUUCAAAAAGCAGACGACAAAGUGCACCCAGGUGAGCAGUAUACGUACAUAAUGCAUGCCACCCAAGAACAAAGUCCUGGUGAGGAAGAUGCCAAUUGUGUGACCAGGAUUUACCACUCCCACAUUGAUGCUCCAAGAGAUAUCGCCUCAGGACUCAUUGGACCUUUAAUAGUCUGUAAAAAAGAUUCUCUGGAUAAAGAAAAAGAAAAAAACAUUGACCAGGAAUUUGCGGUGAUGUUUUCUGUGGUGGAUGAAAAUCUCAGCUGGUACCUAGAUGACAACAUUAAAACCUACUGCUCUGAACCAGACAAAGUUGACAAAGACGAUGAAGACUUCCAGGAGAGUAACCGAAUGUAUUCUGUGAAUGGAUACACUUUUGGAACUCUCCCAGGACUCUCCAUGUGUGCAGAGGACAGAGUAAAAUGGUAUCUUUUCGGUAUGGGUAACGAAAUUGACGUGCACGCAGCUUUCUUCCACGGGCAAACAUUGACUAAUAAGAACUACCGUAUUGAUACAAUCAACCUCUUUCCUGCUACCCUCUUUGAUGCCUCUAUGGUGGCCCAGAACCCUGGAGAAUGGAUGCUUAGCUGUCAGAAUCUGAACCAUCUGAAAGCUGGUUUGCAGGCCUUUUUCCAGGUACGAGACUGUAACAAGCCUUCAUCAGAGGAUGAUAUCCUUGGAAAACAUGUUAGACACUACUACAUCGCUGCUGAGGAAAUCAUCUGGAACUACGCACCCUCCGGCAGAGACACCUUCACCAAAGAAGACUUAACAGCACCUGGAAGUGAUUCGGAGGUAUUUUUUGAGCGUGGUGCUACAAGAAUUGGAGGCUCUUACAAAAAGUUGGUUUAUCGUGAAUACACAGAUGCCUCCUUCGUGCAUCGAAAGGAGAGAGGCCCUGAGGAGGAACAUCUUGGCAUCCUGGGUCCCGUCAUUUGGGCAGAGGUGGGAGACACCAUCAGAGUCACCUUCCACAACAAAGGAGCAUAUCCCCUCAGUAUUGAGGCGGUUGGGGUGAGAUUCAGUAAGAGCAACGAGGGCACAUACUAUGACCCACAUCACAACCCCUCGAGUGGAAGUGUGCCCCCUCCUUCAGCCCAUGUGGCACCCAAAGAAACAUUCACCUAUGAAUGGACCGUCCCCAAAGAAGUGGGACCCACUUACAAAGACCCUGUCUGUCUAUCUAAGAUGUAUUAUUCUGCUGUGGAUCCCACCAAAGAUAUAUUCACUGGGCUUAUUGGGCCAAUGAAAAUAUGCAAAAAAGGAAGUUUACAUGCAAAUGGGAGACAGAAAGAUGUAGACAAGGAGUUCUAUUUGUUUCCCACAGUGUUUGAUGAGAAUGAGAGCUUACUCCUGGACGAUAAUAUUAGAAUGUUUACAACUGCACCUGAUAAGGUGGAUAAGGAAAACGCAGACUUUCAGGAAUCUAAUAAGAUGCACUCCAUGAAUGGAUUCAUGUACGGCAAUCAGCCUGGUCUCAACAUGUGCCGAGGAGACUCGGUCGUGUGGUACUUGUUCAGUGCUGGAAAUGAGGCCGAUGUACACGGGAUUUACUUCUCAGGAAACACGUAUCUGUCAAGAGGAGAAAGGAGAGACACAGCAAAUCUCUUCCCUCAAACAACUCUUACACUCUUCAUGCAGCCUGACACUGAAGGGACUUUUGAGGUUGAGUGCCUCACAACUGAUCACUACACCGGCGGCAUGAAGCAAACCUACACUGUGAACCAGUGCAAGCAGCUGCCUGAGAAUUCAAACAUCUACUACCGGGGAGAGAGGACCUACUACGUCGCAGCGGUGGAGUUGGAAUGGGACUACUCCCCCGGCAGGGAAUGGGAGAAGGAGCUGCACCACUUACAAGAACUGAAUGUUUCGAAUGCAUUUUUAGAUAAGGAAGAAUUUUACAUAGGCUCAAAGUACAAGAAGGUUGUGUAUCGGCAAUUCACUGACAGCACGUUCAGCGUCCCAGUGGAGAGAACGGCCAAAGAGGAGCACCUGGGAAUUCUAGGUCCACAACUUCACGCGGAUGUUGGAGACAAAGUUGAAAUCGUCUUUAAAAACAUGGCAUCAAGGCCCUACUCCAUACAUGCCCACGGGGUGAAAACAGAGAGUCCCACCGUCACUCCCACUUCACCAGGUGAAACUCGCACUUACAUAUGGAAAAUCCCAGAAAGAUCUGGAGCUGGAAUAGAGGAUUCUGCUUGUGUUCCCUGGGCUUACUAUUCAACUGUGGAUCAAGUUAAGGAUCUCUAUAGUGGAUUAAUUGGCCCACUGAUUGUUUGUCGGAAACAUUACCUGCAAGGACUCCAUCCCAUAAAGAAAGUGGAAUUUUCCCUUCUGUUUUUUGUUUUUGAUGAGAAUGAAUCUUGGUACUUAGAUGACAACAUCAAAACAUACUCUGAUCACCCUGAGAAAGUAAAAAAAGACGAUGAUGCAUUCAUAGAAAGCAAUAAAAUGCAUGCUAUUAACGGAAGAAUGUUUGGGAACCUACAAGGCCUCACAAUGCGUGUGCGAGACCAAGUCAACUGGUAUCUGAUGGGAAUGGGCAAUGAAAUAGACUUGCACACGGUACAUUUCCAUGGCCACAGCUUCCAAUACAAGCACAGGGGCGUUUAUAGUUCUGAUGUCUUUGACAUCUUCCCCGGGACGUACCAAACCCUAGAAAUGCUUCCAAUGACACCUGGGAUCUGGUUACUCCACUGCCACGUGACUGACCACAUUCACGCCGGAAUGGAAACUACUUACACCGUUCUACCAAAUGAAGGUGAAUAUCCAACUGUGGUAUUUCCUGGGUCUGCUGAGUUCAGAACAGUUGGAAUUGGUAAUGGCAAAUCCAACAGGCGGAAGUGA